AAGCUAUUUCUCAGCAUGUCGGUCUCUAGGCUUUCUAUUCUCUUCGCGGACUCCAAACCCUUCUCUUAAUUCCAUUUAAUUAACUCCACUCUCAAGUCCGCUCACUGAGCUUCACUCCAGAGUCCAGACCAGGGACCAGCCUUUUUGUCUCCCUCUCCUCGACCUUCGAAUCCAACGGGCAUGGCUGACCAUUCAAACUCUUUGCUCCUCCUUUGAGCUUCACCUUCUCCUUCUCCUUCUCCUUCUCUCUGAUAGCUUAUAUCAUCAGCUUUGCUUUGGUCUCCAUGGCGACAUUGCUCCCCUUGGCAUUGCUCUUCUUUGCCCUCUCACCAGUGUUUUGUAGAGGAAGCACUAUUGGUGUUUGUUAUGGUCGUAAUGCUGAUGACCUCCCAACACCGGACAAAGUUGCGCAACUUGUUCAGCUUCACAAUAUCAAAUAUGUGAGAAUUUAUGAUGCCAACAUUCAGGUUCUUAAGGCUUUUGCUAAUACUGGUGUUGAACUCAUGAUUGGUGUCGCGAACUCGGACUUGCUUCCGUUUUCGCAAUACCAAUCCAAUGUGGAUACCUGGCUCAAGAACAAUAUCCUUCCUUAUUACCCUGCAACAAUGAUCACCUACAUUACUGUCGGUGCUGAAGUCACUGAAACCACUGCUAAUGUAUCUGCAAUGCUUGUGCCGGCAAUGGUUAACGUGUUAAAUGCGCUUAAGAAGGCGGGUUUGCAUAAGAGGAUCAAAGUGUCAACCACUCAUUCCCUCGGGGUUAUGUCUAGAUCUUUUCCACCAUCUGCUGGCGCUUUUAAUAGCAAGUAUGCUUUCUUUUUGAAGCCUUUGUUGGAGUUUCUGGUGGAGAAUCAAUCACCGUUUAUGGUGGAUAUAUAUCCGUACUAUGCCUAUCGUGACUCUGCGAGUAAUGUCUCUUUGAAUUAUGCUUUGUUUACUUCUUCUCAAGAUGUCAUUGAUCCCAACACUGGUUUGGUUUAUACCAACAUGUUUGACGCUCAGUUGGACGCAAUCUAUUUUGCAUUAAUGGCCUUAAACUUCAAAACAUUAAACAUUAUGGUUACUGAAACUGGGUGGCCUAGUAAAGGAGCUGCAAAGGAGACUGCUGCAACUCCAGAUAAUGCACAAACUUACAACACCAAUUUGAUUCGGCAUGUCAUCAAUGAUACUGGGACACCAGCAAAGCCAGGGGAGGAAAUCGACGUCUAUUUAUUUUCUUUGUUCAAUGAGAACAGGAAACCUGGGUUAGAAUCUGAGCGCAACUGGGGGUUGUUUUAUCCUGAUCAGACCAGUGUUUACAGUCUUGAUUGGACCGGGAGAGGGAAUGUGGAUGUUGUCACUGGCGCAAACGUUACAAGUUCUAAUGGAACAUGGUGCGUUGCAUCGAGCACUGCAUCAGAGUUGGAUUUGCAGAAUGCCUUGGAUUGGGCUUGUGGUGCUGGAAAUGUUGAUUGUUCGGCUGUUCAGCCUAGUCAGCCUUGUUAUCAACCAGAUACUUUGGUCUCUCAUGCAUCCUAUGCUUUUAAUAGCUACUACCAAAUGAAUGGUGCUACAGAUGUUGCCUGCAGCUUUGGAGGUACAGGGGUAAAGACCACACAAGACCCCAGCUAUGAUAACUGCAUUUUUCCGACGGCCGGUAAAACAAGCAGCGGCAGCAGCAGCAUUAGCAGUUCUUCUCCAACCGCCGCACCUUCAUCAAUGGCACAUGGCAACCGCCCGAUGCUGGUUAUUGAGGGCCUGCUUCUCAUCAUUUUCUUCAUACUAAAACUAUCAUGCAUCGCUUGAUGGACCAUGGGUGUUGGUUGAGCUCAGUUUGCCCAUCGAACCAGUUUUUCCGGCUGAGAAGAGAAGAUGAUGACAUUGUAAUGGAGAGAGUUUGAUCUUCAUCGGAAGGGAUGGCCUUUUUGAGUUGAUGGCAUUGUGGGAAUGUUGUAGCUAGUUUUAGUUGUACAUCCAAUUUCUCAUCAGACAUUAUAUGUUGGUUAGUAUGACUCCUUUGUAGAACUCUCAUGUGAAUUUGAAAAUGGAAAAACUGGUUCUUUUCAGUUUGUUUA